UCACGUUUCCUCCUCUGGCAAGAUUCAUAUUCAUACAGGAGCUGAAAGGUAAAUGUUCAUAUACGAUUUGGAAUUGAACCUUCAUCCUUCUGCUCUGGUGUUUCUCCUGAAUUUCUCCUGUUUGAAGACUCCUCUGACACAGUGGGAGCAGGAUGAGGAAGUUCUCGUCUCUGGAGAUGUUCCUCAGCCUCAUCGUGGUUCUUCUGGUCCUCUGCUCCAUCGGCCUUGCUGUCAUCGGCUUCAUCAGUGUCCAAAAGACAGGAGCAGAUGAGGUCUUGUUCUUGGGGAACAUGAGACUCUCUGGAGGAGCACACUUCUCUGAGGACCUCACAAACUCCUCCUCGCCAUACUUCAAAACUCUGGCCUUCGACGUCCAGCAACUGGUGAGCAAGGCCUAUUCUCUGAGUGACCUCAAGCUCCAGUUCAAGUCCUGCUCCGUGCUCUACUUCAGUAAUGGCAGCGUUGUGGUGACCUUUGACCUGCGCUUCCUACCUCCUAUGAGUGCAGCAGAGGCGGAGCAACAGCUGGGGGCGGGGCUUCAACUUGUUCAGGACUCUGGAUUGGUUAUUGAUCUGAGCAGCAUCGGAGUGACAGACAAAGGAGGUGUUUCGACCACCUCUGUGACCCCUCACACCUCUGUGACCCCUCACACCUCUGUGACCCCUCACACCUCUGUGAGCCCCAGCUCUUCUCCAGCUUCCUGCCCGGAGGGUCACAUGACCUGCUCUGACGGCUCAGGCUGCGUUCUGAUCGAUCGAUUCUGUGACGGACGCGAUGACUGUCCCGAUGGGUCUGAUGAAGACCAGCACACCUGUGCAACGUCAUGUGAUGGUCAGUUCCUGCUCCAGGGCCCCAAUGGCUCCUUCACUUCCUCUGUGGGUGGGAACUACAGCAGUUCCACUUCCUGUCGCUGGAUCCUCAGGGUGGAGCCAGGCCUGUCAAUCAGAGUGGACUUCCUGUUCUUUGAGACGGAGGAGGGAAGGGACUUCCUGCGGCUGUUCGAGGGCGUGGGGGCAGACCGGCAACUCAUUGCUGACCUCUCAGGCUCCACCCCUCCAGGAAGAGUGUGGCUCCUGAGUGACCAAUCAACAGUGGAGUUUGUGUCAGAUGACCUGGGCGAGAGGCGGGGCUUCAGGGCCACAUUCAACGCUGAGAAUUUAACCGACAUCAGCAACGAGCAGAGGCUGAGCUGUUCCUUUGAGGACGGGUGGUGCUUCUGGAGACAAGACCCAGACCAGGACCAGGACUGGAUCAGGACAAGAGGAAACUCCUUUCCCCCUGGGACUGGACCCAGCGUGGACCACACCACAGGAUCCAGCUCAGGGUUUUACGUGUCGACUCCGGUCAGUCCCGGGUCUUGGUUGAAGACUUUCCGGAUCCUGAGUCUUCCUUUGAGACCAUCCUCUGGCAACUCCUGUCUGUCCUUCUGGUACCACAUGUUCGGAACAGACGUCUUUUUUCUCAGAGUCCUGCUCCUCCGGCCGGACGGCUCAAAUCAGCUCCUGUUCCAGAAACGUGGCGACUUCGGGGACACCUGGUACCAAGGCCAAGUCCAGCUCAAAGACUACAGCCACGGACAGGUGGCAUUCGAGGCUCAGAAAAAUGGCGGCAUGUUGAAUGACAUCGCUCUUGAUGACAUUACUUUUACAUCACUGCCUUGUGGCCCCGCCCCUCCAGAGCCCACCAAUGUCCCACCGCCGACCACGCCUGCCCCCCUCCCAGCCGACUGUGGAGGACCCUUCGAUCUCUAUGACAACGGCACUUUCACAUCCCCCAUCUACCCCAAUUACUAUGGCAACAAGGCCAACUGUCUGUGGAGGCUUCACUGUGACUCAGGGAAAAAUCUUCAGCUUCAUUUCGUGGACUUUGACCUGGAGAUGUUCUACGACACUUUGGAGAUCAGAGACGGACCAGACCCGGACUCUACACUGCUGGAUGUGUUCACCGGAAACAAAGGCCCUGCUCAUGACAUCUUCUCUUCGACCAAUCAGAUGUCUCUGUUGUUCCUGACGGACAGCUCAAACUCGGGCAGAGGUUUUAAAGCAAACUUCACCUGUGGGGUCAAUUUGGGGUCACCAGAUCCAUGCUCCUCGGGACAGUUCCAGUGUGUCUCUGGUCUCUGUGUCUCCGCUGAGUCUGAGUGUGACGGACACUUGGACUGUCCAGAUGGGACUGAUGAGGCCCACUGUGUGUUCCUGGACUCGAAGCGUCUUCAGUUUCAGAUUAGCUCCUUAAACUUCUCCGUCUGUUCGUCCGCCUGGAGCCAGCCUCUGUCCGACUUCACCUGCAGAUACCUGGGGCACAGGUCUGGACUGUGGACGUCGGUCACAUCUCGUCCUGAAGAUUCCCCGUUUGUCUCUGUGUCUGUGACUAACAACAGCAUCCACACAAAUAUAGUGGAGAACUGUAAGAGCAUGGUGUCUCUGAGCUGCAGCAACCUCCCCUGUGGAGUCCGACAGGUGAACGCUACGUCUGAGUUUGACCAAUCAGAGCAGAGAGGAGACUCAGACAGCCAAUCAGAGGACUCGGAAAGUGGGAGGAUUGUGGGCGGAGUUGAUGCAGCAAAAGGGGCGUGGCCUUGGAUGGUGUCUCUUCAUUGGUCGGGUCGUCAUGUGUGUGGAGCUUCUCUGAUUGAUGGAGACUGGCUGCUGACCGCCGCCCACUGCGUCUAUGGGAAGAACAUGCAUGUGGAGCGAUGGAGUGCCCUGCUGGGGCUCACCGUCCAGUCACAGUCCUCUGCUCCCGAGGUGCAGUCUCGGCUAAUCAGACGCAUCAUCAUGCACCCGCUGUACGACCGGCGAAUCAAACGCGCCGACAUCGCUCUAAUGCAGCUGCAGGAGACAGUCAGCUUCAGCGAUUACAUUCAGCCAGUGUGUCUCCCUGAACCAGGACAGGACCCACCCCCCGGGACUCUCUGCCACAUCACUGGCUGGGGACGCCUGGCGAGUGGAGGCCCUCUCCCUGACGUUCUGCAGGAGGCCGUGGUUCCUCUGGUUUCUCAGUCUUUGUGUCAGGAGCAGCUGCCUCAGUACAACAUCUCAGACCUGAUGCUGUGUGCAGGACGGGAACAGGGUGGCACCGACACCUGCCAGGGAGACUCUGGAGGUCCUCUGAUAUUCAUGCAGAGCGGUCACGGGAUUCAGAUCGGUGUGACAUCAUUCGGCGCCGGCUGCGGAGAGCCUCAGAGUCCUGGAGUUUACGCACGAGUCUCUGCGUUCACUUCCUGGAUCGUCCAGACCCGACGGUCGCAUGCCUGAAAAUACAGCUGUGACCAGAGGACUACCAAUCUCACAACUCUGCCCAGAGGACUAAAACUCUGCCCAGAGGACUACAACUCUGCCCCGAGUUGCUCGAGGACUACAAAUCUCAAAGUUCAUUGUAAAUAGUAAAUAUAACCCUACAGUUCCUUAAGGUGGUUUUCAGAUUGCAGACUACUUUACAAAUGUUGAACCUGAUCAUUUCUAUUAAUAAUUUCCAGUAAAAUCACGCUAGAGGUGUUGUACAUGUGUCUCCGUGGUAACUGCUGAACAUCCUGGCACAGAAAUACAAUGCACAUAUUAGUAAACACAGCCAACAAAAGUUGUCUGAAAACUUCAGUGUUUAUGGCCUUGUUUAGGAGUUUGAUUUUGAACAGAAAGGUGAGUGUGUCCAACUGAAAAACUGUUAGCUAAUGCUAGCUAGCUUGUGACUGUGAUGUUAUUUGAGAGGGACUUGUUUAACAGCACAAAUCAUCUCACCUGUUGUAUUUCCAACCACGUCAGCUCUUCUUGGUCAGAUUGUGUUAAAACAAAGCUCAAAUCAAAAUCAAAUGACGCCUUAGACAGAGCAGUGCCUACAGUUAGCAUCACACCCCCAGAGAAUGUUGAUGAUGUCAUCUGUGUUAAAUACGAUUGGCCCGUGGAAUGUGACGAUGUCAUCUGUGUUAAAUACGAUUGGCCCGUGGAAUGUGACGAUGUCAUCUGUGUUAAAUACGAUUGGCCCGUUGAAUGUGGUGAUGUCAUCUGAAAUAUAUCCACAGAUUUAAUCUGAUUUCGUGUGGCCAGGUGCAGAAUGAAUGGUCCAGACACCAGCAGCUCCAAAAAAUAAUGUCCCCUGCAGGUGA